AUGGUCCAUAGCUUAGUUGGGAAAAUCUUGGAGCCGUUGAGCUUUCCCGAGAGCGAUAAAUGCCUGAAUGCUACUGGGAAGAACAGGAAGGACUGGUUGCCUGAAUGUUCACCCUACGAAAUCAAUGUACGUUUGAGUGCAUGCGUGUCAUCACUGACAAGUGCUGUUAGCAUUCAAGGACUUUCACUACGUUUAAGCGGAACGGCCUUCGAAGAUGUGUUUGUUUGUUCUGCAACGAAAAAGGAGUGUUUUCGAACAGAUCUCAAAAUCAUAACUCCCCAAGAACGAUAUCCAGCUUGCUUAUAA